GCGAACCAGCCAAAGGCUGAAAGCCUCUCUAAUAAAGAAAAAAAAACUUCAACUCUCUCGCCGUAUGUUUCUCUUUUUCGUCUGAUACUCAUUCUAGAAACGAUAGCUACUGAACUAACUUCUACUUCGCAUAAAAUAAAAGUCAAUAAAAAAUCAAUACAUCUACAUACAACAAUACAUCUGCCUGUAAAGAUCUCAGCCGCAAAUCUUCCCUGUAAUAUGUUAUCUCUUACAACGAUUGAUGUUAUCAAUACCAAUUGAGUGAACAUUUCAAUACAUCUUUUUGUCACAGGAGGAACGUGAAUUGUCUCGAGGCAAAUCUCACCGCAUAUGUGUGAUGAGCAAAGCCGCAAAAUCUGCUUUGCGUUUUAAUAAACGGCACUUGAUAACAGUAAUUUGCAGUGGGCAGUCUCCAGACCAGGUACUGAAAUGAAACAUUUCCCCCUAUUAACUGUGAUACGCAGUCGAACGGAGCGAUUUCUCGAGUUCGGUUCAUUUUUAUUGUGUACUGAAAGAGUAAUCUGUAAUCGGAACGCUCACCAUUAUGGAAGCAAUUGGCGACGGCAAGUUAAGCGAUGGUAUCGACGCUCCUGUUUGGCAAUUUUGGAAGCGACGCCGUUUCAUAGUGGUCCUUAUGGCGUUUCUGGGAUUCACAAAUCUCUACACGAUGCGGAUCAACUUGAGUGUGGCGAUUGUAGCAAUGACAGAGAAUCGCACCGUUCUACUGGAUGACGGAAGUGUGGAGCAUGAACAAUCUUUCGACUGGAGCUCAAGCGAGCAGGGUCAUGUUUUAAGUUCAUUUUUCUACGGGUACUUACUAACUCAGAUCCCGGGAGGUUAUCUGUCCGAUAAGCUAGGAGGAAAUAACGUUCUAGGAGCCGGUAUCGGAUUAACAGCGAUUCUGACGUUGUUUAUGCCUCUGGCAGCACACGGAGGCAUUGGAUGGCUGAUCGGCCUUCGGGUAUUGCAGGGGAUGUGCGAAGGAGUUGCUUUUCCUUGCAUGCACAACGUCUGGUCUAAAUGGGCCCCUCCUUUCGAGCGAUCCCGCAUGGUUAUGUGUUCAUUCGCGGGUGUAUUCGUGGGAACAAUCCUUGCGAUGAUGGUGAGUGGCAUCCUGGCGACAGCUCUGAACUGGGAAAGCAUUUUCUACGUAUUCGGUGCAAUUGGUUGUCUCUGGUGCGUUGCAUGGUUUCUCGUCGUUAGCAGGUCCCCAGAACAGGAUCGCUUUAUAACCUCCAGCGAGAAGGAAUACAUAUUAAAGAGCAUCGGCCGCAUCGAAGGCGAUUCUAGAAAGAUAAAACAUCCCUGGAAAGCAAUUUUCACAUCGAAGCCCGUUAUUGCUGCCACUGUGUCGAACUUUGCUGAAAACUGGAGCUUUUAUUUUCUCCUGACACAGUUGCCAACAUUUCUGAAAGAGGCAAUGCAUUUCGAAGUACAAACAACAGGUUUUAUAGCUGCCCUUCCAUACGCAGCGAUGGGACUUAGUCUCGGUAUUGCAGGCUAUCUUGCCGAUUGGUUCCAAGUUAAGGGUAUCCUCACAACCACCCAAGUUCGAAGAAACUUCAACUGUAUUGCAUUUGUUGCACAGACCGUUUUUAUGAUACUCGGUGUCGUAAUACUGGAACCGAUUCCAACUAUCAUCUGUAUCACGAUAGCAGUCGCAAUGGGAUCACUUGCAUGGUGCGGUUAUGCAGUGAAUUCUCUUGAUUUGUCCCCCAAGAGUGCAGGAGUACUUAUGGGUAUCUCUAACUCAGCUGGUACCAUCGCAGGCAUUUGCUCACCUAUUGUUACAGGAUAUAUCACAACAGAGGGAACGGAUGAAGAAUGGCAGCUGGUGUUCUACAUAGCAGCAGUGAUAUACUUGGUUGGAUUGUUCGUCUAUUGGUUUUGGGCUUCUGGUGAAUUGCAACCCUGGUCUAUUGAGAUGCAGGAAAUGGCUGCUAAGGAAAAGGAUUUGUCACAGAACCGGGCUGCUUAUGACAAUAAAGUGUCAGAGUAGAUUUGACUCAAUUCUAUUUCAUGCGGUUUCGCAAUUUGAUAUGACAUCUAAAAUUUAGUAAAAUAAUUCACUAACUCGUCAACUGUAAUACUGUGUUGUAUUUGCCAUUCUUUAUAUACUUUCUCAAUCAAUGACGGCCCAC